UGCAAGCCCUGCCGCCCCCUCCAAUUGGGCAGGCUCCCCAUCUAUUGGUGCUGCCUCCUGCCAGUCUGUCGGGGCUAGCUCCGCGGCAGUGAGCUGGGGAAGGGGCGUAACCCAUUUUCGAGCUGCACAUCUGUCCGGGGCUGCAAUAAGAACGCGAGCGGUGGGCUCAGCUUCCCGCUCCAAGGAGCCAGGAGUGCCAAGGCAUCUAGCCCUGGAAAAGGCAAAAGGUGUGAAUCGCGGGCUGCCUCUGGUUUCCCCGGGCACUCCGGGGUGCAGAGCUCCAGGACCUGGGAGUUUGCAGAGGCAGCAGAAAAUCUGGACCUAGAAACUGUGCCCACCGUGCGCCCACCGGGCUCUGCGAACAUGACUUUCCCCCCUUGGGGAGGUUGAUCAUAUCAGUGCAGAAGAGUGCUUCUCUUUAGGGGAAAAAAAAAGAAGCCAAAAUACAUCCAAACUACAUUUUUGAUGGAAAAAGUAGAACUACAAGUAAAAGAGGAUCCAGACUUUUUUAAAAAUCCAUAAAGAAUCAUAAAGAAAAACAUCUGUGUAGAACACUUGUACUUGCAAAAGGGAUAAAACAAAAAAUACCAAAAAAAAAAUCCUGUCAUUUCACAUGAUAUUUUCAUCAGCUUUUUUCCCAUAAAAAACUAAAAAGGAAAACAGAUAUUUUGUUUUUUGGAGACUGAGUGCGAUGCAAAAAAUGGAGACAACAGUGGCAGAAAUUCAAGUAGAAAGCAAGGAUGAGAAAGAAUCUAUAGACGUAAGUCCUCAGGCUGAGGAGCAGGCUGAAAAAGCAUCCAUGAUUUGUUUUAAAAGAAGAAAGAAAUCAUCCAAAGCUUUGAAGUCUAAGAAUUGUUCUGAAAAAGCACCGCAUCACACAGGUCCAAGCAGUGCUAAGGAUCACACGGAAAUGGAAGCUUCAGAUCAGUUUCAGUCACCACAGGGGACUUGGGCAGCGAUUAGACGUUUUGUCACUCGACAGAAAAGGUCAAAAUCUUCAAAGAAACAAGUCCCCUUAGAUGCUAAAGCACAACCUAAGGAAAACACGGAUGACACCAAACCCACUAAGAAAAAGGCUCGAUCCAGGAUUAAAAUUCCUUGCAUAAAACUCUCGAGAAGCAAGAAAAAAUGCAGCCAUUCCCAAAUCAUCGAAGAAUCUGAAUGCAAUAUGAAAGUAAAGGAAGUUACAGGCAGUUCAGGUACAGAGAUCCAGAUUCCUCAGGAAGCUCCAGCUGUAAAGGAAAAAUUAACUGCAGACAUAAGUGGUGAUAACUCCCAGGGAGAUAGUGCAAGGGUGCCACAGGUGAGUAACAUCAACUCUUCUGGGGAGAAUCUGGCUUCCAUAGAACUUGGGGCUGAUACAGAGUCUUGUGCUAUUCAUACAGCAGCAUUAAUCCUAGAAAAAGAUAUGGAAAAGACAGAGGAGAAACAGGUUGUUAGCCUCCAUCAAGGAAGCCUCCCUGAGACUUCAGAAGUGGGACAUCAGCUCCCCCCGGAGAAUACAGAGGUCAGUAGUGCUGUGGUACCCACUGAACCCCCCACAGAGCCACCUGCCACCCCAGAAACACAGGUCAUGGAAGAAACCAUUAAGGAUGUCAUGGAACAGGAACCAAAAGAGAAAGAACAUGAAAAUGGAGGGAUGGCUUCAGAAAAAAACAAGUCAAAGGAUACCACAGUGUGCUUCAGUGCUUUCAAAGAAAAUACAGUAAGUCCAAAAACACCCCAGUUAGAAGAAAGCAAAAGGAUGGAACCAAUUGCUAUUAUUGUCACAGACACUGAAGUCAGUGAAUUUGAUGUAAAGAAAUCCAAAAAUGUCCCUAAGAAAUUCUUAAUUUCGGUUGAAAAUCAGCAAAGUGAGCCAUUUUCUAAUGCUGUAUCAUCCAAAGGGGUUAAUGAUUUUGAGGGCAGAACUUCUGAGCAGUAUGAGAAGCUUUUAAUAGAAACUGCUUCCUCGCUUGUCAAGAACGCCAUUCAGUUGUCUAUAGAACAACUGGUGAAUGAAAUGGAUUCUGAUGACAACAAAAGAAACAAUCUUAUAUAAAAAAAAAAAAAA